GAGUGGGGUUUCGGGAGCGCAGUAUCGUCUCACUCUUGCGGGCGCUUUGCCUCGCCUAUUGUUUGAUAAAAGUCGAGUAUUUACCCCACCGCCCCCCCCCCCCUUUUUUUUUUUACGCGGAUACACGUUUAAAGGAAAAAAAACCGUUUAUGGUCCUGGCUGAAGAUUUCACGAUGUCUCGCACCGACGAGGUUCACCGCAUGACGGAAAAUGUCUAUAAGACCAUCAUGGAGCAGUUCAACCCCUGCUUACGGAACUUUGUUGCCAUGGGGAAGAACUAUGAGAAGGCCCUUGCCAAUGUUACAUUUGCUGCCAAAGGCUACUUUGAUGCUCUGGUCAGAAUGGGUGAACUGGCCAGUGAGAGUCAAGGAUCCAAAGAUUUAGGGGAUGUGCUGUUCCAGAUGGCUGAGGUCCACAGACAGAUCCAAGUGCAGCUUGAGGAGAUGUUGAAAUCCUUCCACAAUGAGCUGCUCUCUGAGCUGGAGAAGAAGGUGGAGCUGGAUGCUCGUUAUCUGACUGCUGCCCUGAAGAAAUACCAGGUGGAACACAAGAGCAAAGGGGAAAGUCUGGAGAAGUGCCAGGCUGAACUGAAGAAGCUGCGCAGGAAGAGCCAGGGCAGCAAGAACCCCUCCAAGUAUGGAGAGAAGGAGAUGCAGUUUGUGGAGACCAUCAGCAGUAAGCAGACUGAGCUGGACACCUUCAUCGCUGAGGGAUACAAGACAGCCUUGUCUGAGGAGCGUCGCAGGUACUGUUUCCUGGUGGAUCGCCAAUGUGCCGUGGCCAAGAACAGCAGCGCCUACCAUGGCAAGGGUAAAGACCUUCUGACCCAGAAGAUCCCAGUGUGGCAACAGGCUUGCUCAGACCCCAACAAGCUGCCAGAGAGGGCCAUGCUACUGGCCCAGCAGAUGGGCUCUGCCGCCCUUGGGGGCACAAGCCCCCUGCAUACCUCCAAAUCCAACCUGGUCAUCUCAGACCCUAUCCCCGGGGCCCAGCCUCUUCCUGUGCCCCCAGAGCUGGCUGUCUUUAUGGGCAGUGGCCUGGGACACCCAGGGAGGCUGAUGGGCCCUGAUGGUAUGUCCAUGGUCAAUGGGACAACAGGAGUCCACGGGGAGGAAUACUGGACGGAUGGAGGGACUAUGUCCGUGUCCCAAGUCAGGCCUUCAUCCCCUCAGACCCAGGCGCAGGGCCAGUCCCUGGCUCAGCCCCAGAGACAGGUCAGCGAUGUCUACUCCAACACCCUCCCUGUCCGCAGGCCUGCCCCCGCCAAGAAUAAGAACCCCGUUGGAGAGACACGGACCCUGCCCAGGUCCAGUUCCAUGGCAGCAGGCCUGGAAAAGAAUGGGCGCGCCCGUGUCCAGGCAAUCUUCUCCCACGCUGCGGGUGACAAUGGCACCCUGCUCAGCUUCUCUGAGGGAGAUGUCAUCACCCUGCUAGUGCCUGAAGCCCGUGAUGGCUGGCACUAUGGGGAGAAUGAGAAGAACAAGAUGCGCGGAUGGUUCCCAUUCUCCUACACACGUGUGCUGCCUGAUAGUGACAGUGAGAAGCUCAAAGUGAACCUGCACCAUGGGAAAAGUAGCAGCACAGGGAACUUGUUGGAGAAUGAUGGAUCAGUGCCCACACCUGACUACGGCCUAACUGCCCGACUGCUGGCACAGAGCCUAGCACAGACCCGCCCACGCCCCUACAGCAUGGCAGGCUUUGCCACACAGGUACAGCCUGCUAUUGAGGAUUAUGAUGGCCGCUUUGCCACAAGUGACCGUUCCCUGGAGGUCUACCUCCGGCCCACCUUCAUUGAUGACCGAUCUACACCCAUCUUCUACUAGUGGCCUGCUGUCCCCUUCUGUCCACUAAUGGGCCCUUUUGAGGGGGAUAAAGAAAAUGGCUAAGAUUGGCAUGUUUGAGUUGUAUGAUGUUAUCACAAGAGGGCCCAAAAGUGUGAUUUUUUUUUUUUUUUUUUUUGGGGCAAAAGGAACAUGUUACACUAAGAAUUUAGUUUCUCUGCCGUGGAAAUUCACUCAAGAGAAUUUACGGUUAAUCCUUGUGAUGUUUUUGCAAAUGUUUCCACAAACAUUGAAUGUCUCAGGCUGAACAUUCAAGUGCAAGUGUGACAGUAGAUUUUAUUAGUUAUUUAGAUCACACCAGUUGUGGAUUAGGUGUGGCUAAUAGGUUUUCACUAGUGAUGCAGUCACAUUUAUUAUUAUUUAUCUGCACUUCUACAAUGGGAUAUUUUUUCUUCAACACUAUACACUGUAAAUUUCAUUUGAGGAUUAUUUACGCUGAGCAGUGAAGGCACACUCUGCAUUAGUUGUUUAAGUGAGGCUGAGGGUGUAAGAUGGUCGGUAACAGUUUUCAGUGCAUCACUGUAAUAUGCACUGAAGACAAAGUGUAGAUUGGAUACUGCCACAGAUAACUAGAACUUGACAGUUGGUGAGUAAACUAUAAUUCUGCUUUUGUUAAGUGAUAUAGUACUAUAUAUUUGAUCAUGAUACAGUAUACCCAUAUUUUCAAUGUGGGAACUGUGCCUUUUUUUUUAAAACAUAUGCUUUGUGCAGCAUUGACCAAAUCAUUCUGUAAACUGGUUUGAGGGCAUGUGCAUCACAGUUCAACUUGUAUUUUUUAUAUUCCUGAAAAUAUAAGUGGGAUUAUUUCCCUUUUUGUUUUGUUUGCUUGUAACGUAGACCUUUUUUUCUUGUCUUUUUAUUUAAUUAAAUUUUUUGCUUAGCAAGCUCCAGUGCAGUACAAUUGCAAUGCCACCGAAAUAAUACAAUAAUAUUUUGAAUUGCUUAAAAUUUCAGUAACAUCUAAGCUGCCAGAUAGCCAAGAGAUGAAUUACAGUGCAUACAUAAUGGGUCUUUUUUAUAUAUUUAGCUUUGAGGGAGUGGUAGCUUAUCAGAUAAGGUACAGUAUUAUCAUGGCUUUUGAUUAUUCAUUCUCAGUAUUAUACACUCAUCUGGGAGAAAAGCUUAGAGCAGAGGCAUUUAUCUACAGUAUGAUGUGUGGGGAUAGUAGUGAAACUGUGUGACGGAAAAGCAAUAAUGUGUAUGGUUGUGUGAAUGAGCUAAAAUGCUUAGACUGCAAUAAAUCAACAGUUAUAUCAUGAAAAGUCAGUUUUCCAUGGAUGAGUCCUUUACACUGAGUGGUAUGAUCAGGCUUUUAUUACACAGCUCAUUUGGGCAGCAAGUUUCAAAUGCAUUUUUUACUUUUAUAUAGCUUUCCAUUUGUCCAUUUCUCACUUUUGUCCCUGUUUGUAUUAUAUCUGUACUGUACAGAAAGUACAUAUAAAUUAUCUUGUCCAAAAUAAAUCUAAAUGGGUACAAAUGUCA